UUACAAUUUAUUAAAUGGCAACUGUCCUUUAGCACUGUCAAAGUUUUUUCGAACGUUUCCGGUCUUUUAUUUCCUCCGUGGCAUGGCGGAUGGUCUUUACCGCCGCUUAUAGUGUUUUUUUGGAGGAUUAUAGUCGCUGAUAUAGCGAAAUGAGUUUAUCAGUAGCCCGACCUCUCGUGUCGGUGUAUUCGGAGAAGAGCGAGGUGGUGCCCGGGGCGUCUCUGCCCCUGCCCUUCGUGUUCAAGGCGCCCAUCCGCCCGGACAUCGUCAAUGAUGUCCACAUCUCUAUAUCUAAGAAUUCCCGCCAGCCAUACUGCGUCAGCAAGGAGGCUGGCCACCAAACCAGUGCCGAGUCCUGGGGUACGGGUCGCGCCGUAGCCCGUAUACCGCGUGUGCGCGGUGGCGGUACUCAUAGGUCGGGACAGGGUGCGUUCGGCAACAUGUGCCGCGGCGGGCGCAUGUUUGCGCCGACCAAGCCGUGGCGCCGCUGGCACCGCCGCGUCAACCUGCGCCUGCGCCGCGCCGCCGUGGCGGCCGCCGUCGCCGCCGCCGGCGUGCCCGCGCUCGUGCAGGCCCGCGGCCACGUAAUCGACAAGGUGCCGGAGAUGCCCCUGGUGGUGUCUGAUAAGGUGCAGGAGAUCAACAAGACCAAGCAGGCCGUCAUUUUCCUAAGGCGCAUCAAGGCCUGGUCCGAUGUCCUCAAGGUGUACAAGUCCCAGCGCCUGCGCGCCGGUAAAGGUAAGAUGCGCAAUCGUAGACGCAUCCAACGCAAAGGGCCUCUCAUCAUCUACUUUAAGGAUCAGGGUUUGACCCGCGCUUUCCGCAACAUCCCUGGCGUGGAACUGCUCCAUGUGAACAAGCUCAACUUGCUGAAGCUGGCACCUGGAGGCCACGUCGGCCGCUUCAUCAUCUGGACCCAAUCCGCUUUCGACAGGCUCGACGCUCUAUUCGGCUCAUGGAAGACCCCAUCCAAGGAGAAGAAGAACUUCAACCUUCCGCAACCCAAGAUGGCCAAUACCGACUUGAGCCGCCUGCUGAAGUCUGAUGAGAUCAGGAAGGUGCUACGUGCACCCAACAAACGAGUAGUACGCGCGACUAGGAAACUCAAUCCUCUAACCAAUACCCGCGCGAUGCUGCGAUUGAACCCAUACUCGGCUGUGCUGAGAAGGAAGGCCGUGUUGGACCAGACCAGGAUCAAUAACCAGAGGGCGCUAGCGUUGGCCGAGAAGCGGGGAAUUAAACUGCCGGCCAGUGACCCCGCAGUGCGCGCGCAGAAACUGCGCGAGCGCAGAGCGAAAGAUAUCAAGGCAGCGGCCGCCAAACGACCCAAGAAGCCAGCGCCGAAGAAAACGCCACCGCCGCCACCAAAAAAGAAGGCAGAAAAAAAGGGCAAAGAUGGCAAACCAGCAGUAAAAGUGGCGAAGCCCGCACCCAAAAAGUGAUUUGGACUAAAUAAAGUUAUAUAAAAUUUUUAUAA